AGCCCAAAUCGGCUUUCGGUCAAGCGUCCGCUUCCGGCCCGGAUCCUCAAAGCAGCUGAACUCCCAAACGGAAACACAACUCAGUUCAAUCAAAGAUUCAGCCCUCCCAUACGGCGUACCGCUACAGACCCGCAAUAAGGCUGGGAUUUGGUGAGAAGCAUCCGAAGGAGUUUCAGCACCGCUCUGAAUAAGAUGGAACAAUGUGAGCGUUAUAGCUACAAUCCCACUCUGCGUUGGAACCCCCAUGUCGAGGAGUACUUCAUCAAGGCCUACGGAGCGGAGCAUUUCUCUCGAAUCUCCAAAGCCCUAACGCGUCCAUCUUGCUACUCUUGCAUUCGCGUGAACACUCUGAAGACAACCAGUGAUGCUGCAAUUGAAAAGCUAGUGGCGAUUCUAGCGGAAUCAGGGUUUGGAAAUACUACUGAUUGUACUAGUACUAAUGGAAGCAAUGACACUGCAGAAGUUGAUGUGAGAGAAGAGAAUGGAACCUUCUCGAAGGAAUCUGAUGUUUACCAUCUCUCAGAAAGAAAGCACCGUGAACCCAUUUAUAAGUGCCAAAUACCUGGAUUGGAAUAUAUUGUGUUCGUUAGAGGUUCUGGACCACACACAAUUGAAUAUGGUGAUGCACCUGGCAAGCCUCUAAAGGAGGUUAUUGUGAGCCGGAAAUGUGCAGAGGCUGUUCUUCGAGGUGCCCAGGUAUUUGUUCCUGGUGUAUUGGCGUGCAGUGCUCAUGUUGAGAAGGGGGACACUGUUGCAGUUUCAGUUGCUGUGGAGCAAUCUAGUCUUGAGAGUGGAUGGGGAGUUGGAUUUACACGUGGGACCGUUCUACAGGGACUGCAGACUGCAGAUCCUCAUUAUGUUGAAAGAAAUGGACUGUAUAUCGGACAAGGAAUGACGAUGAUGUCCAGGGCUGGGAUCUUUCGUGCUUUAGAGGGAACUGCUAUAGAAAUGACAAAUAGAGUGUAUAGCCUGCCAUCCUUUCAUGAUGUGCUUGAGGGGGAAAUAUUUCUUCAAAACUUGCCGAGCAUUGUUGCUGCACAUGCUCUAGAUCCUCAUCGAGGAGAGAGGGUAUUAGACAUGUGUGCUGCUCCAGGAGGGAAAACUACCGCAAUUGCAAUCCUUAUGAAGGAUGAAGGAGAGGUAGUUGCAGUUGAUAGAUCUCACAACAAGGUGCUUGAUAUUGAGAAGUUGGCUGCUGAGAUGGGCUUGAAGUGCAUAACUACAUAUAGGCUUGAUGCUCUUAAAGCAGUCUGUAAAAGGAACCAAUCAGCUGACAAUGCCACAGAAUAUUGCAGUAAAGGAAAAUCAGAUAUCACUUUUGCAAGUUCAAAUACACUCAAGUUGUCAGCAAAAGAUGCAGAAUGUUUUACCAUGGAAGAGUCUGAUGCUGGGUUGACAUGUGAGGGAGAUAUUGCCAAUAAAAAAGCAAAUCAACGAUCUUAUGUAAGCAAAGCUGACAUCAGAAAGAAUGCUCGAAGACUGAGAAAUGGACCAGGAAGAAAUCAUUGCAUGGGUGGUAGGGUUGAAAAUUCAAAGGGCUUUCCUCCUAAUAGUUUUGAUCGUGUCCUUCUUGAUGCUCCCUGUUCUGCUCUGGGUCUGAGACCUCGAUUAUUUGCUGCAGAGGAAACAGUUGAAUCUUUAAGAAACCAUGGGAAGUAUCAAAGAAGAAUGUUUGACCAAGCUGUGCAGCUAGUUCGUCCUGGUGGUGUUAUUGUGUAUUCCACAUGUACAAUAAACCCUGGAGAAAAUGAAGCAUUAGUGCGUUAUGCUUUGGAUACAUAUAAGUUCCUCUCCUUAGCUCCACAGCACCCAAGAAUUGGAGGACCUGGCCUUAUUGGACAGUGUGAAUUGUAUGACGGACUUGUGGAGGAAUGGCUAAGACCUGGUGAAGAAACACUAGUUCAGAGGUUUGAUCCAUCAUCGCCACUUGAUACCAUUGGUUUCUUCAUUGCCAAGUUUAAUGUUGGCCAAAAGGACACCUGAUUUCGGCAGUGCAAAAUGUAUGACAACGGAGACUCAUGAUAUCCGGCUGCCCUAUCAUUUGCUGUGUAAAGACUGAAAGUAAAAUUUGUUAAGUGUCAAUUUUCCCUCUCAGAAAGGUGUACCAUAUACAGCCGGUGCUCUUUGCAACCUAGCUAUGAGGUGGUUGGCGGGAAGCAUGAAUAUGAAAGCCCUAGUGGUGGUUUUGAGGUGUCGGAUCACUAGGAAUACUUAUAAUCAGAUUGUCCAAGUUGAGAAACCAGUUCACGGGGCCCACAGUUUUCUAUAAACCGAUAAUUAGGGCCCAGGAUCAAGAGUCAUUAUUACUGUAAGAAAAUAUUUAUUUAUUGAGCUAAGAGCAAAUAAACUGAACAGAUUUGAUUGAAAUGCAGUUGAAACACUGCCCACCAUUAUACCAAAGCACCUGUUGUUUUUUUA